CAGCAAUUUUUUUUUCCUUCUGCGCGCGUUUGCUGUCAGCUGCGCACGCCCAGCAGCAGCUAAAUAGCUCCAUUUUUGCAAGCACGUAUCGCAGCCAUCAAAAGAACGGCACGAAACGCCGCUCCAAAGUAGCCAGCAGAGCCCAAGAGAGGCAGCAGGCCAGCACGCCGUCGACGCGCGCAACAGCACCAAGCCGCAGCAGCACGCCACCGGCGCGCCCAAAAAUAACAAAAAUGUCCGUCACCAAGUCCGGCGUCGGCCCCGCCGAGUUCGCGAAAGACCUCGUAUUAGGCGGCAGCAGCGGCUGCCUCGCGAAGACGAUCUGCGCGCCCCUGGAACGCGUGAAAAUCGUCUUGCAAACGGCGAAAAGCAACGACGGCAUGCUGCGCACGGCCCAAUCGAUCGUCCGAGACCAGGGCACGACGGCGCUCUGGCGCGGCAACCUGACGAACUGCGCUCGAUAUUUCCCGACGCAAGCCAUCAACUUCGCGUGCAAGGAGCGCUACCAGAAGCUCCUCGUGCCUGAUCGAGCGAACGGCUUCGCGCCGUGGUUCCUUGGAUAUCUCGCGGCCGGCGGGGCGGCAGGCGCCACCUCGUUAACAGUGGUCUACCCGCUCGAGUUCGCCUAUACGCGCUUAGCCGCGGACGUCGGUUCAAAAAAACAGUUCAACGGGUUGUUGGACGUCGUGAAGCAAAUCCGGGCGAAGGAAGGUAUAGGAGGCUUGUACCGGGGCUAUCCCGUGUCCGUUGUCGGGAUUGUUGUUUACAGGGCGGGCUACUUCGGUUUUUAUGAUGCGGGAAAACAAGUCUUCUUUACCGAUGGAGGGAAAGAUACGUCAGUGUUCCUGAAGUUUGGACUGGCCUUGUGCGUCGACAUCUCCGCGGCCGUGUUUGCUUAUCCGGUCGAUACCGUUAGAAGGCGCCUCAUGAUGCAGUCCGGUGCUUCUAGUGUAGAGUUCGACGGCGCGGCGAGCGCCGUGCGGCACAUCUACAAAAAGGAGGGCGUCGGCGGCUUCUUUCGGGGGUGCAUGGCGAACAACGUGCGGGCGAUCGCGUCGGCGCUCGUGCUCGUGUUGUAUGAUGAGGCGAAGAAGUACGUCUGAGUUCGGUUUUGGGGUGUGUGGUGUAAUGUAC